CGGCCGUGCGGUGGUGUGACGUCGCAGGUUUAGUUCGCGUUAUCAGCCUCCCGGUCUGUGCCGCGUCGCCGUUCGAAUUUUUUUACCACUUGUUGGGUGGCGGUUGUUCCCAAGCCGGCGCCGAGUGUAGUGAUCCAGUGCUGUUCAGUGUCUGUCCCGCAUUUCUUCGCGCCCAGUGACUGGAAGCUGUAUAUAUACAUAUCUCCUCUCUCCCUUUGUUUUUGUUUUUCUCCACUUCCGUCGAGCGUAAUCCGGCAGCGCAGACUACGAAGCACACCUGCGGCUGGGAGCGAGCAUCGGCUAUCGGUUGCUGUGCUGAAGGAUAUGCCCAGACAGCAAUUGGGAUCUUAAGCAGGCCAAGGGGAAUGUGUCUCUACGUGCUGGCUACACAAGAUGAGCUAAGCCGGGAGGUGUAGCAGUGAUCGCGGCACAGAGCAGAAGACAGAGGGGCCAUGUCUGCAGCGACGGGCCACUCGCUGAACCUGAUGGCGUGCGUGCGAGAGUCGUCGCCGCAGGAGCCGCCGCCCGACGCCGACCAGACCAGCCGCCAGGAGGGCAAGCGGCGGCGGUUCCACCCGCUGCGAGGGCUGCGGCGCAUGUUCCGGCGCAAGGCGGCCCCUGCCGGCGGCGGCGCCGCCGGGUCGGCGGCCGGCGGCUGCCGCUCCGACGAGGAGGAUGCGCACCACCCCCACCACCUGCACGACCACCACCACGCGCACCACCACCACCACCACCACCACCACGCGGACGGCGCGCCGCUCGACCAACUGCAGCAGGAACAGCUGCGCUGCCGGUCCGCCAGCGAACUGCUGGCGGCCGAUGGGCCCACCGCACGCCGCAGGUGA